GGGCGGGGAUAGCGUCUAGACCGCGGGCGUCCCCGAGCAUCCCGUUCCGGGUUCAGGCUCCGGGUCUGGAGAGCGGCGGAGAGCCGGGGCCGGGGUCCAGGCAGGGCUGGGCCGCUUGUUGCCUUGCAUGUGCAGCGGCGGCAGCAGGCGGUAGCCAGGCCCGCGGACGAAGUGGACACGGCCCGGUGCGGGGCGCCGCCGGCCGGCCGCCGGCCGGCAUUAACAGGCGCGAUGUUAUUCUCACUGCGGGAGCUGGUGCAGUGGCUGGGCUUCGCCACCUUUGAGAUCUUCGUGCACCUGCUGGCCCUGUUGGUGUUUUCCGUGCUUUUGGCACUACGAGUGGACGGCUUGGCCCCGGGCCUCUCCUGGUGGAAUGUAUUUGUGCCCUUUUUCGCCGCCGACGGACUCAGCACCUACUUCACCACCAUCGUGUCGGUGCGCCUCUUCCAAGAUGGGGAGAAACGACUGGCUGUACUGCGCCUCUUCUGGGUUCUCACAGUCCUCAGCCUCAAGUUUGUCUUUGAGAUGCUGCUGUGCCAGAAGCUAGUGGAGCAAACUCGAGAGCUCUGGUUCGGCCUGAUCACGUCUCCGGUCUUCAUUCUCCUGCAGCUGCUCAUGAUCCGGGCUUGUCGCGUCAACUAACCUCGUGCAGGGGCUGGAAAUGGAGCACUGCGCAGCUGGAGUGCUAGAUCUCCCAGUCCAGAUCCUGCUUGGCACCACUGGAGGAGCUUUGGUCAGAAAUCAGUGUCUGCUUGUGCCCAGUUUACUGUCCAGUUUUUCCUAUAUCUAAGAUUGUUUCCUCAGCAAAACUUAAAAGUGAAGCCUCGAUUAUUAAAAUUUAUUUCCUGUUAUUUAUGCGCUGAGUUGCCAGACAAUACUGAACUUUUCUGACAUUUGGAAACUGCAUAUAAGUAAAAUAUCCUGAUAGGCCCUGAAAAUUUCCCAUGGUGAUGUACCCCUUUGUAACAGCUUGUUGAUUCAGCAGCACUGACCUCAGAGCUUACCCCUCCAUCCGUCCAGGCCAGACUUCUCUAUACGAUUGAUGAUGUGUCACAUAGCUUGCAUCACUUUUCUUUUUCCGGGGGAAGAUUAGCCUUUUCUUCAUUCCAUCCCACAUAGAGACUGUUGAAAAAAGGCAUGAGUAGGACCCUGUGUGAUUAUCUGCAAUCUGAGAAAAAAAAACUCUGGUCUCAA